AUGGAUGGCUUACUCUGCCCGACCAAAUGCCGCUUUUGGAACGUUUUUUUCCUCUGGAGCCUUUGGGGGGACUACUUGGGGUCUGUCUGGGGCUGCCCGGCCAACUGCGUCUGCAACAAGACCGAGAUUGAUUGUACCAAUCUGGACGAUGGCACCCUCUUCCCCCUCCUGGAGGGGCAGGACUCGGGCCCCAGCAACGGGACCGCCAGCAGCAUCAACAUCACCGACAUCUCGAGGAAUAUCAUGUCCAUACGCAUAGAGAACUGGAGGAAUCUGCAGACGCUGCACGCUGUAGAUAUGGAGCUCUACACGGGACUCCGGAGACUGACAAUCAAGAACACGGGCCUGCGGAGUAUCCAGCCUCGAGCAUUUGAUAAGAACCCUCACCUGCGCUACAUAAACCUCUCUGGGAACCGGCUGACUACGCUGUCGUGGCUCCUCUUCAAGACCUUGAGACUUACGGAACUGAGAUUAGAACGGAAUCUUUUUAACUGCAGUUGUGAUAUUCGCUGGAUCCAGCUUUGGCAGGAGAAAGGUGAAGCGAAUUUGCAGAGCCAAGAUUUGCGGUGCAUGAAUGGGGAAGGCAACCGAAUAUCCAUGCAAGAGAUGAAUAUCAGCCAAUGUGAUCUGCCGGAAAUCAGUGUCAACCAUGUGAACCUGACUGUCUGUGAGGGUGAAAAUGCGGUUAUCACUUGCAAUGGGUCUGGCUCUCCACUGCCUGAUGUUGACUGGAUGGUGGUAAAUCUGCGUUCCAUCAACACUCAUCAGACAAAUGCCAACUGGACCAAUGUCCAUUCCAUCAACCUGACCCUAGUGAAUGUCACGAGCGAGGACAAUGGCUUCCUGCUGACGUGCAUUGCAGAGAAUGUGGUGGGAAUGUCUAAUGCCAGCGUGCUUCUCACAGUAUUUUAUCCGCCACGCAUCAUCAGCUUACUGGAUCCCAUCCGCCACAUGGAGCACUGCAUUGAGUUUUUAGUGCAUGGAAAUCCUCCACCCCAAAUCCACUGGCUCUUCAAUGGUCAGCUUCUCAGGGAGACGGAGUUUAUCCGCACAGAACUCUAUCAGGAGGGGGAAGUAUCUGACGGUUGUCUGCUCUUCAACCAUCCGACGCACUACAACAAUGGCAACUAUACCAUCGUCGCUACCAACUACUUGGGAACAGCCAACCAGACCAUCAAAGGACAUUUCCUGGAGAAACCUUUUCCAAGCGUUUCAGAUAGCAUCAUCACAUUUGAAUAUAGUCCAAGCCCCACUCCGCUUAUCACAGUGACGCAUAAACCAGAGGAAGACACCUUUGGGGUGUCCAUAGCUGUCGGACUCGCAGCCUUUGCCUGCGUCCUUCUGGUGGUCCUUUUCAUCAUGAUCAACAAGUAUGGCCGGCGGUCAAAGUUCGGGAUGAAAGGUCCUGUGGCUGUGAUCAGUGGGGAAGAAGACUCUGCCAGCCCCCUUCAUCACAUCAACCAUGGCAUCACGGGGCCUUCAUCUCUGGAUGCUGGCCCAGACACAGUCGUGAUUGGCAUGACCCGCAUCCCCGUCAUUGAGAACCCACAGUACUUCCGGCAAGGCCAUAACUGUCAUAAGCCAGAUACAUAUGUGCAGUACAUUAAGAGGAGAGACAUCAUUCUGAAGAGGGAGCUGGGCGAAGGUGCUUUUGGGAAGGUGUUCCUGGCGGAGUGCUACAACCUCAGUCCCACCAAGGACAAGAUGCUAGUGGCUGUCAAGGCUUUGAAGGACCCAACUCUGGCUGCCCGGAAGGACUUCCAAAGAGAGGCAGAACUUCUCACCAACCUGCAGCACGACCACAUUGUAAAGUUCUACGGUGUCUGUGGCGAUGGAGACCCUCUCAUCAUGGUCUUUGAGUACAUGAAGCAUGGGGACCUGAAUAAGUUCUUGAGGGCACAUGGACCAGAUGCAAUGAUCCUGGUGGAUGGGCAGCCCCGGCAAGCCAAAGGAGAGCUGGGCCUUUCCCAAAUGCUUCACAUUGCAAGUCAGAUCGCCUCGGGAAUGGUUUACCUUGCCUCCCAACAUUUUGUACACAGAGACCUGGCGACGAGGAACUGCUUGGUCGGCGCUAACCUCCUGGUGAAGAUCGGAGACUUUGGGAUGUCCAGAGAUGUCUACAGCACCGAUUACUAUAGGGAAGUGCCGCAUCCGAAGGGCUAUUUCAGCGCGGCGUGGCAACAGCAGAGACUAGCGGCAAUGGCAGCUUCAACAGUUGGAGGACACACCAUGCUUCCAAUCCGCUGGAUGCCUCCCGAGAGCAUCAUGUAUCGGAAAUUCACAACAGAGAGUGAUGUCUGGAGUUUCGGGGUGAUUCUCUGGGAGAUCUUCACAUAUGGGAAACAGCCCUGGUUCCAGCUCUCAAACACAGAGGUGAUUGAGUGCAUCACUCAAGGCCGAGUCUUGGAGAGGCCUCGCGUCUGCCCCAAGGAAGUGUACGACAUCAUGUUGGGAUGCUGGCAGAGGGAACCUCAGCAACGGCUGAACAUCAAGGAAAUCUACAAAAUCCUUCAUGCGCUGGGCAAAGCCACACCAAUCUACCUGGACAUCCUUGGCUAG